AUGAGGCACGGAGUGGGUAGGCAUGGGGAGGUGAGGGACGGGGAGGCGAGGGACGGGGAGAUGAGAGACUGGGAGGUGAGGGAUGGGGAGGGAAGGGAUGGGGAGGCGGGGAUGGGGCGAGGCGGAAUGGGGCGAGGCGGAAUGGGGGAUGGGUCGGUGAGGGAUGGGGAGGUGAGGGAUGGGGAGGUGAGGGAUGGGGAGGUGAGGGAUGGGGAGGUGAGGGAUGGGGAGAUGCGGGAUGGGGAGAUGAGGGAUGGGGAGAUGAGGGAUGGGGAGAUGAGGGAUGGGGAGGUGAGGGAUGGGGAGGGAAGGGAUGGGGAGGGAGCAUAG